GUGUCAAAACGAGUGAGUUAGGGACAGCGCUUAUAAACACCAUGUGAGGGAGGGUAGACUCUGCAGACCAGCUCUGCUCACACAGAAACCAGCCGGGCCUCUACACUGCUGAAAGGAUGUGGAUGAGUUGGGGUUUUGUGUAAACUCAGGGGUGAUAGCUGCUGAAAGAUCAUGUAUCUGCACAGUUUUAGGAAUACAAACUGAACAAGAGUCUGUUUAAUUUAGUUUUCCAGUUACAUUACGGGGUUAAACAUUUUGUCUUUUCAAUGCUUCUCAAAGAUGUCAAAUGUGAAUCUGUCUCAGACCAACAUCACUGUUGGACAAGGGUUACUGGAACGAGUGUUGUUUUGUACCGUGACCACCGUGCCGUGCUGUGUGUUUCUCUUCAUUAAUGGGACCAUGUUGUUCACCUUGAGGAGUAAAACUGUGUUUUGUGAGACUUCCCGUUACAUUCUGCUGUUUAACCUCCUUUUUGCAGACACCGUGCAGCUGGCACUGAGCCAGUUACUGUACAUACUGGCUGCUGUCGGACUAAGGCUGACGUAUCCUUUAUGUGGAGUUCUCACCAUGCUGUCUGAUCUCACUAAUGAGAUCUCUCCCCUCACCCUGGUGGUGAUGUCUGUGGAGAGAUACGUAGCUGUGUGCUACCCACUGAGGCACUCCACCCUCGUCACCAUCAGGAACACAGAGGUGGCCAUCGUCGGGGUUUGGGUCUUCAGUUCUCUAAAUAUUCUCACUAAAGUAAUUCUCCUGUUAAUGUUUCCAUUUCAAACCCUGGAGAGCCUGGAGAUGAGAGAUUUCUGUGCGAGAGAAAACAUGCUACUCGACCCGAUGUCUGACGAUUACAACAAAGCCUUCACCUAUUUUCUGUUUGUGUCAGCGGGGGUGGCGGUGACCUCCUCCUACAUCGGUGUGAUGAUAGCAGCCAGGUCCGCCUCCACGGACAAAGCUUCAGCCCGAAGGGCUCGUAACACCCUGCUGCUGCACCUGGGCCAGCUGGGCCUCAGCCUCUCCUCCACCGUGCACACCCCGUUGCUCAUAGCUCUGUCAAAGGUCCUAGACAGAAUAAAACUAGUGCGUAUCCAAAUUUUCCUUUAUGUGUGUAUUAUCAUUUUCCCGAGAUGUCUGAGUUCUCUUAUCUAUGGAAUCAGAGACCAGACCAUCAGACCCGUCCUUGUGUACAAUCUCUGCUGUCAGUGGAGACACUCGCUGUCCCUCUCCGUCAUCUCAACCAAGGCAAAGAUCUGCAUGCAUACUUCAUAG